AUGGGCUGCACUAACGCUAACGACGCUUCUGAGCACAAUGCAGAGGUUGAAGAUUACACAAAGCGGCCGCCAUAUUUGCUGCAGCCCUUAGAGGAAUUUGGUGAAAUCAAGUGGCGCGCCCACUGCCAGUGUGGCCAGGUUUUGCAUGGCGCGCCCUUCCAGUGGGCAGCUAUAUUUCCCAAAGAAGACAUCCGAUUCGAGAAGGGGGCCAGCGGUCUGUCGUUCUAUGCGGCCGGGGAGAAGAACAACAAGUACCAAACACCCACAAAGGUCUCAUGCUCGUUUUGUCGUACACCUAUUAUGGACGAAGGACGCAGUAUGUGUCUGUUAUUCCCGCAAUUGAUUGACUUUUCCGACUCGCCGGACGAGCAGCGGCACCGAGUGCAAACGUUCUUGCCUACGUGCCACAUCUUCUAUGAAAACCGUUUGAGAGACAUCCACGAUGGAAUUACCAAGUGGUCGGGAAUGGACGAGCAGAGCCAGAGACUAGAUGACGCUGGCCAGCUACUCGAGCAAUAG